AUGGCCAACUCCAGCUGCUCCCCUUGCUGCCAGCCUUCCUGCUACACUACUGCCUGCUGUAAGCCCACCUGUGUGACCAGCUGCUGCUGCCCACCCUGCUGUCAGCCCAGAUGCUGUGAAACCACCUGCUGCAAGACCACCGGUUGUAAGCCAACCUGUGUGACCAGCUGCUGCCAGCCCUGCUGCCAGCCCAGCUCCUGUGAAACCACCUGCUGCAAGACCACCUGUUGUAAGCCAACCUGUGUGACCAGCUGCUGUUGUCCACCCUGCUGCCAGCCCAGCUGCUGUAAAACCACCUGCUGCAAGACCACCUGUUGUAAGCCAACCUGUGUGACCAGCUGCUGCUGUCCACCCUGCUGCCAGCCCAGCUGCUGUGAAACCACCUGCUGCAAGACCACCGGUUGUAAGCCAACCUGUGUGACCAGCUGCUACUGUCCACCCUGCUGCCAGCCCAGCUGCUGUGAAACCACCUGCUGCAAGACCACCUGUUGUAAGCCAACCUGUGUGACCAGCUGCUGCUGUCCACCCUGCUGCCAGCCCAGCUGCUGUGAAACCACCUGCUGCAAGACCACCUGUUGUAAGCCAACCUGUGUGACCAGCUCUUGCUGCACACCCUGUUGCCAACCCAGCUGUUGUGAAAUCUGCUCCUGCCAGCCUUGCUGCUGUGAGCCGUGCUGCUGCCAGCCCUGCUGCUAUGAAUCCUGCUGCUGUGAGCCCUGCUGCUGUGAGCCCUGCUGCUGCCAGCCCUGCUGA